AGCAUAAAUACAACGAAUAUUGUCAAUGUCAAGUUUUUUCGAGUUGAUUUACAGAGGGAAAUAUGAAGUCCUUUAAAGUAUUAACAUUUACAUUUUUGGCAUUUUCUAACUUUUUAGUCGUAUUUUCGAAUGACUACGACGCUCACGCAGCAGACUAUUGCAAUCUCAAUUGCACCAGUGGAUUUGACGAUGGAGUCGUGGAGCCACAUGUUUUGUGUACAUUCAGAAACCCUUCGCCAGCAAAAGCUUGUACUGAUAUACAAAAAGUGGGAUUAACAGAGGAAGAAAAGCAAAAAGUCCUUGAUGUGCACAACAAACUCAGACAAUUUGUAGCUAGUGGCUUAGAGACUCGAGGAAGUCCUGGGCCUCAACCACUUGCAAAGGAUAUGCCUAUUUUGGAAUGGGAUGAAGAACUGGCAUUUCUAGCUCAACGAGCUGCUAUUCAGUGUUCGAUAGAGCACUAUUGCAGUGAUGUAGAGCGAUUUCCAGUCGGUCAAAACAUUGCUUAUACAGGAAUACCGUCCAAAAAAUAUGAUUUAGAAGAUAUGGUAAAAAGCUGGUACGACGAGGUUCAGUACUUCAACGCAGGGGAAGUCCCGUCGUUUGUUCCGAGGGAAUCAGAUUCAGGUUUGCCUGAUAUCGAGCACUACACGCAAUUGGUAUGGGCUCAGACUACUAAAAUCGGCUGUGGCUUGAUAGUGUGGCGUGAAAAUAAGCUUUACAAGACUAACUUAUACUGCAACUAUGGCGAAUCAGGAAAUUACGAAAGUGAUCCUGUGUACAAAACUGCUUAGUCAUUACCGAUCAUGUAAAUAGAUUCAAUUUUUGUACAGAUAGAUUUUCUUACCAAUUUUGAAUAAAAGUUUGAUAUUUAAUUGGA